UUUUUUUGUGGUGGCGGGUGCCCUGAUUGGCCAAAAUUAAGAUUUUAUUUUUUAUUCGAAAUCAUCAUUAUUGGAGGGCGGCGGGUUUGCUAAACAUGUAAAAAAAAUCCGCCUAAAUAUAUAUGAGAAACCUCUGGACAAAAUGAUAUAACUGCGUUUUAAUACGUUUGAGAUGUAACCGUGGUACUGCGGACUAAGUGCUAGACUAAGUGUGCAAGAACACGACACACGAAUGCACAAAAUGUAGUUUUAAUAUUGAUGGAAAUUGACAGGUUAUGUCACAUGUGGCCUCCUAUAAAUUAUUCCACCGUUUAUAAAAUAAUAGUUAAGAAAUUUAAUCAUAGGGCGGUGUGUAAAUCUAAAAUUGUAUGUUAGGUAUCACCACAGCAUUAUGAAACAGGAACAAUUACAAAAGACAAGCGUAAUUAAUAAUAAAGUAAGUCUGAUUAGUUUGGUCAUUGAUUGGUUAACAAUUAUAGCAGAGCUAUAAGUGUGAACAAGAGAAAGUGUCAGUAGUAUGAAAAGCUUGGGAGGAGUCAGUGUCAAGCAGACAAAAUAAUUUUCUAACAAUAGGCCUAUAACAAAGGUUUUUUACUGUAUAGCAAUUCGAUGGAUUCUCUCUUCGUUAUUUUCAUGAAUGCUACUGAACAAUUUAGUCGAAACGUGGAGAUACAACACAGCUGUUUUUUUAGAGCCUAUAAUAGUUUACUGCCAUUCCUUGCCUUUGUCAAUCAAGCAGCACCAUGUUGAAAUUGGAUUUAGCAUUUUUACUACUGACAGCGCAAUUUCUAUCAGUAAACAGCAUUUCAAAUAUUUUCAUCACAAAAAACAAUGAAACUCUUAUAACUGAAGCACUUUUAGACAGCAUUGGACCACCGACAAAUCGACCCGUACUUGACGAGGCUACAAUAGUCAAUGUAUCGCUGUCAUUUGUGUUAACACAGAUUAUUGAGCUGAAUGAUAUGCUUCAAGAACUCAAAGUUGCUGGUUGGUUUACAAUGACAUGGAAAGACGAACGAAUCGGAUGGAAUCCGUAUGAACAUAAUGUCAAGUGUGUUAAAAUUCCCGUAGACAGCAUUUGGAAACCCGAUUUAACUCUGGACAACAAUAUUGACGAGGAAUACAAUCAGUUUUUACCAAAUACACCAGUGGAGGUAUGCUCAGACGGAAAUGCAAAAUACGCAGCGUAUUCUAUUUUUCGAAGCUCCUGUCAUAUUAACAUCGAAUUAUACCCAUACGACAAUCAAACAUGCCGUCUACGAUUUUCUUCUUGGGUUCACAAUAUGCUUGAACUAGAUGUUCACCCAAAAUUGCGUUCUCUGGAUCAAGCGGAACAGUUUGAUGAUAACGGGAUCUGGGAGCUAAUUGGUGUGGAUGGAAAUCGAGAGGUGGAGAAAUACAAGACAGGCGCUAACUCGUUUGUGUACGCCGUCUUUACCUUUUACCUCAUGAGACGUCACGAGUUUCAGUUACUAUUUGUUUUGAUUCCAUACUUUUUCUGUUCCUUUCUCAUCUGCUUGAUGUUCUUUAUUCCUAUGGAGAGUGGUGAGAAAUUAUCGUACGGAAUAACAGCUGUAUUAGGAAUGAUCGUCUUUCAAGAAAUCAUAGCGUUUUCGUUACCCCCUGUUGGCAAUGAAUCUACCAUUGUUGGAAAGUACUUCACCACAGUUAUCUGCCUUGGGAUCAUAUCAGUUUUUAUUGAAAUUUUGGUUAAUAACGUAUACAUGCAAGGUAAUGUAUAUAAAGCUAGCAUGUAUUUACUAAAGUGGUGUCGUUCUAAAUCGGCAUUCAAUUCGAAGGCGGAAAACGACAACCACUGCACAGCGCAGACAGAAGAAUCCCAAAAUUCCAUGGCAACAACGGCGGACGAAAAGCACACCUUAAAUUUACAACAUUAUUGUGCCAUUUUUGAUUUCUACUUUGGAAUUUUAUAUUUUGCUUUGUUAUUAAUACUCAUGUUCUGGUUCUUUAUAGUAAUCUGAACUGUAGCCCUUUUAAGUAUAACUCUAUUCACAACGCUAGAGAAGUCCGGUAUUUAAAUAAUCAACCAUCAACCGCCUUUUGGAUAUUGUUGCAUAGGUCCCACAAAACGACAGUGUACUAAUAAAUAUACGUGCAUGCGUUUGUUUUAUAACACGUUUGUUUGUAUGACACGCACGUAUAGGGCCUGAUAGCGUUGUUGAUGAUGAUGAGAAUGAUGAUGAUAAUGAUAAGGAUAAUGAUAAGGAUAAUGAUGGUAAUGAUGAUAAUGAUGAUAUUAUGAAGAUGUUGAUGGAGAUGAUGUUGAUGACUAAGAAACGGAUAUUGUUAUAAACUUUUUUAAGCCUUUGGGUGUAAAGCUGCACAGAUAUUGUUUAAUACAGAUCCCGCGUUCCUAUAAUUGUUUUGUGAAUAUGUUAGUUAUUUUAACACUAUAAUUCAAUAUAACAUUAUAUAUCUCAUUUAAAAAAUGGCCAUUGUAUAUAGUUACUUUUGGUGCUGGCUGUAACUGGAUGUAAGUGCGUUGGUAUUGGCUGUCGAUGUUUUGAUUCCAUUGUUGGUAUAAAUGCAUAUAAAAGUAUACAAAUAAUGAAUGUUUUUGAGAGCAUGUCAUCCGAACAGAGUAGUUAUUUCUACGAUGAAAACAUUAUAUUAGGUAAAGGCAUCCAAUAAUAUACAAAUAAUUAAUGUUUAUGAAUGCAAUGAUAAGAAUAAUAUGUUCAUGAUUUUGAAGAUUGACUGUUCCAUUCAAAUAGGCGGAGCCGAGUUGAAUGGACCAGUCAAUCUUUCAACGAAUGGAAAUAUGCUUUCUAUUGCGCUUAUAAAAAAUAUUCAUUAUUUGUUGUAUAACACACCUAAAUAGAUCCUUGUCAUUUGAUAUAUUAUGAAAAAAUCUACAUUUUUUUUUACCAAUCAAAAGAUUGUAUUAGGAUGAAGUUAUAUCGUAUCGUAUCCGUGGAAUGGAGCGAAACGAAUGACCGAAUAUGUAUGGAUGAGAGUAAAAAUGAACGUUGGAAGUAAAUUUCCAUGAUGAUUAAAGAGAGUUAAAUAACCAAUGUCAGGUGAUACGAAAUCCACCGAUCAAACGACAAGGAUCUAUUUGGGUGUGGUAUAUAACACAAAUAAUAGAACAAUAAUGAAUAGAAGUGGAACUAAAUUGAAUGAUGCAAGUCAAAAGGGAAAUAAUUUGCUAUUAAAUGAUGUAAAUACCCAGUGUCACGUGAUAAUAAAAUCAACCCAAUAAUGCA